AGAGAAAGGGUUAACAGCGCGAGACGGCUAUGAUUGGUCAGCGAGUCCUCGAACUGGCCCUCAUAUACCAGAGAGGGGAAAAUUCUUAAACGGUCUCGCGAUGAAGAGCCUUGGGAGCUGAUGAAAGGUGAUUAUUAUUUUCCCUCCCGGAACGUUCAGGACGGGAUCCCUGAGGGCCAGAUGGAUCCAGGUUUCGGUAGAUGGGUCACAGAACUCGACUGGAUCCAGAGUUAAUGAGACCAGCAUGCCGCUGCUGCGACAGCUCAGGCAACGGCUGUUCCUUUUGGUCGGUUUAGCCCUGGCUUGUCUAGUGAUGGCAUCUCUGGUGCUAAUUGGCAACGAACCGAGUAAACCUGUGGAGUGGCACCAUGUCAGUGCUGAGCAGAAACAGCAAGUGCACAAGUACGUGCACAAAGUCCUGGAGGGAGAAUGUCGCCUCAGAGGCUCCAGGCAGAGUCUGCUGUCUUUACUUCCUGCCUCCAGUCGAGCGAUGCAGCCCUUCCUGUGGAGAGAUAAGGUGUUACCCGACAACCUCUUCCAGUACCCUCCCCCGUUUGGCUUCAGAGGGCUGGAAGGCAAAGUGGAAGACCUUCUAGACCAGCUGCCGGCUGAGUCCGAAUCCCAGUCAGAGGAGUCGGGGGAAAGAUGUCGCCGUUGCGUGGUCGUGGGAAACGGCGGCAUUCUUAAAGGCCUGGAGCUCGGCCCUCUAAUUGAUCGUUUUGAUACAAUUAUCAGGUUGAACAGUGGACCUCUGGGUGAGUUUGUCGCCGACGUUGGAAAUCGAACCAGCUUCAGGAUGAGUUACCCUGAAGGCACCCCCAUCCGCUGGGUCGAUAGGGACCCACAUACUCUGUUCGUAGCAGUGGUGUAUAAAAGUGUUGACCUCAGCUGGAUUUCUGCCAUGGUCAACAAGCUCGCCGUGUCUCUGUGGGACUGGUUGUUCUUCUGGCAGAAGGUUCCAAAGGAAAUCCCUCUUGAUCCUCACAGGUUCCGACUGCUGAACCCGCUCGUCAUUAAAGAGACGGCAUUGGAUCUCCUGAAAUAUCCAACCCCAAGACCUCUGCUGUGGGGCUGGGACCAGAAUGUGCCCACUCUGGGAGUAUCAGCUCUGAAUUUGGCCAGCUUGCUUUGUGACGAGGUCAGCUUGGCGGGUUUUGGCUACAACCUGCCCCAUCAGAAUGUCCCACUCCACUACUACGACCACCAGCCCAUAGGUGUCAUGCAAAAGCAAACGAUGCAUAAUGUGGACACAGAGACUCGGCUUCUGCAGAGCCUGGUCAAAGGGCACACUAUCACUGACCUGACGGGAGGAAUCUACUGCAGCUUCUGUUCCAGCUGACCCCGCCCACUCCCCACUGUUUCCACCGCCAGCUUGACCUUUUAUUCCUAACUUAUUUUUGUAUGCUAAUUUAUAUAAUUAUCUUUUUAUAAGCAAAACAUCAAAACCUGAUUUUACUCUGCAAAUAUUCUAGUAAAAAAAAAGGAAGCUGGUAUAAAUAAUUGGGAACAGGAAAAAAAUUAAAGAAACAUCAAAAUUGCGUAUUUGUUUCAUAUGAUAAUGAGCCACACGUCAAAUGUAGGAACUAAUAUAAUAUGUUGUGUAAUUGAAGUUGUUUUAUUUGUAUUUUCUGAAUGUUAAGAUCUAAAAGCCUGGCUACUUUUUAGCUCAUAUUAAGUGCACAGUAUUUUACAGUUUAACAUUUAAAAUGAGCAUGCUUUUACCCAGACAGAAGGAAACUGGCAUGAAACUUGUUUAUCAUGUAUGUUGAGUUUGAAAAUGCUUAAAAUCAUCAAACGUGAUCAUUAGUUUGUAUGUAUACCUGUUAAGUUGGUUUAUUGAUGUAGCAUUAUUUAUACAGUAGUGACUACAAUUAUUCAUACUUUAGGGGUGUGAGUAUUUUUGGAGUAGUAAUACAUAUGUUGUUUGUUUUUUGUUUUUUUUGUUAUUUGCGGCUAUAUUUGUUCUUACUAUUUUUUCCCCCCAAAAUAAGUCAUCUGUGAAAGUCUGAAGGAUAUACAAAUAAUUAAUGAAGUCAUUUGUUUUUAUUUAAUAAAUUCAUAGGCGCAGUGCAUGUUACGGUUUUUGUUAUAUUUAUGUGGUACUAAUGAACAGUAAAAAAAUAAAAAGUUUUUUUUUCAAUAAG